AUGCCAUACACUGCGCCGCUGAAGUCGUUGCUCGCCGCGCAGCACAUUGAAUACACCAAUCUUCCCUCCAACACCAACCCUGAACGGCCUGGCCUGGCUCGGUCGGCAUCGUACCGAUUGCAAAACUCCCGAUCUUACUCCUCGACUUCAUACGUCCGCCGGCACCGGAGGAGUCCGUCCAUCUCUAAAUCGACCGUGCUUUCCUCCUCAGACCCACCAUCUCGCACCUCUCCCAUCAUCGACCCACAUGCCAGUCUCCGCCAGUCUCCGCCUCCAGUAAGCAAUGCAGCAAUUCCUCCGGGGGCGGUAAUCUCGCCCCCAGAAUCAGCCCCCAACUCCAGUGAUGAGGAGUCGCCAUAUCAGAAGAAAGGUAUCGAGCUUGAGGAACUGGAGGCUGCCGUGCGGUCGAUUGAACAGCGAAAGGACAGCUCACCAGAGAGAGAGAGAAUGGGCCCAGCCGAUGUGCAGGGAACAGAGGCUCAAUCCUCGUCGAGCCUACGAUCAUCUACCCCCCUGCCCAAGCCUAAUUACUUGCGGCUGUCUAAAGAAUCUCGCAAGAUUGCCCACUCGCGGUCAUCUACUGAAACAGCAAUUGAUUUGAAGGAGGAGGCAUUGACUAGCUCGCCGGAUGACAGCGAUUCCGAGCCCACGCCCAAGCCCUCGAUGGUGAGAAAGAAGUCUGGUGAAUUAGUUCGACCAGCCCUCCGACCCGCCACAGCUCGCCGGCGACCAUCGAGCAUGCCAGGUACUCCGGUUUACGCCAAGGCAGUCCAUUUUGACUCUCAACUGGAACACAUCCGGCAUUUCUUGCAGCUCGACCGACCCUUGGCCGUGAGUGCCGAAACAUCUCCUGUCGACAACCAUGAUGCCGAUGGCGAGUUUCCGUUCGGUUACGACGCAGACAAAAACAUAUCGUCAUGGGAGUGGGAACUGCGGCUCUCGAACUUCCCCAAGGAGGCGCCACAUCAUGCCACUCAUGCAGUUCGCCUAGAACGGUUGUUCCUAUCAGCUGACAAAAAGAACUUGAUUGGUUCCGUGGCUGUCGCCAACCUGGCGUACCACAAGCAAGUGACUGCCCGCUUCACGUUGGAUAAUUGGAGGACGGUAUCCGAAGUGGGCGCCGUGUUUUGUCACGAUGUGCGUCGCAAGCAUGCUCACGAUGGCCACGAUCGAUUCACCUUCGACAUCAAGCUCGAUGAUCAGGCCAACCUAGAAAGCAAGACCAUGUUUGUCUGCAUUCGAUACAACGUUGGCAGCCAAGAGUACUGGGACAACAAUAACGGCAUGAAUUACCAGGUCGAUUUCAUCAAGGCCUCCAAGUCAACCUCGAACAAGCCCUCUGGCGGCAACCGCCCGGCUCUUCCUCGCAGUCGAACCUUCACCGGCUCGCACUCCGGCAAUCGCCCACUCUCCAUGCCUCCCUCAUUCGACGACUUCCCAGACGUGAGCGAGAAGAAGAAGGUGCCAUUUUCGAACCCUUUCACAGCGGCCUCCGGACCGCCGUUGAGCCGGACCUCAUCGAAUGAUAUCGACACGGUUGGCCCACCAAAGCGCCGCGAGAAGCCACAUCCGCAGGCAUUCAGUAAUCGGUAUGACUUCGGGGCAUCGCUGACUGCGGCUAUGCGCACCAAGCCUCCGGUCGAUCGGACCACCAUGACUGCGCACGCUCGGUCUGACCACGCCCCGGUGGCAUCAAAGGCCAAGCCGGGGGAGAAAGACUUGGAGAACAAACCGGGUCGGACUUCUCCGGUGAGAGAUGUUGCUCGACCAGAGGAUCCGAAACCUUCCUCACUGGUGGCUAGCAAACCAUGUCACGAGUCCUCGUCGUACCAAGAGCUGGUGGAUAAAUACUGUUUUGUGAGUUAUCCGCCUGUCUCUGAUCGAGGACGCCCCACUAACCCAUACUCACAGUACGGCUCUCCCACCACAAGUUCGAACCAAAAGCAGCCGAACUUUACGUUAAACCUGAACGGCGAGGGGGCGUCGAAGUACUUCAACACCGCUGCUCCUUCCCCACCCCUUUCCCCCCGCUCCCCAGCCCCUCGUGAUCCCGUUACGAUGGAGUCCUCUCGUUCAGAAUCUCGUCCUGCAUCAUUGUCGCCGGCUUCCCUGAGUCCGCGUACCUCCCCGCGCGCAUCGCCUUCGAUGGCGUUUCGCUAUCACCAACAUCAAACACUGCAGAACGGAUUCUUGAAAGACCCUCAUUCGUCGCCGGUUAUCCGAGGGUGA